AACAAGUGCUCGUCAAAGCGGGUCAAGUUGACCUGUUACAACAGUUGCCCCGACUUGUACAGCAAAUUUGCAAGUUUCUCAGUUGCAAAAUGCUCAGCAAAUGAGCGUAUUUGUUUAUCAGUAGAUGGUACGAAAGAAAUUCGACAGGACGGUAGUCAAAAAGUGCCCAGUAUGCCAGCAACAGGUGCCAGUGGCAUGCAAGGGCUGUUCCUGUGGGCACCAGUUCCCGACACGAGGACGGGCAUCUUCCCAGUCUCAGAAGUCACCAGAUGGAAAGACAGCUCCAACAAAUGGGGAGGGGAACAGUGGCGAUGGAGAACAAGAACCGAUGCGGAGACGAACGGUUCGGACAAAGCGAGUCCGUCCUGACUUCUUCAAUCCCCUGGAACUGGAGUAUAGCAACAAGAAGGCCAAGAAACCAGAAGCCAGCAAACCGGAGCCUGGGCCUGAGAGUCCUAAGAAGAAAAGAGGAAGACCUAAAGGCUCUCUGAACAGGUCCAAAUCUGAGGAGAAGCCCAAGGAACAACGGACGUCCCCGGAAGAAGAUCUGUUUUCUAGCCUGCCCCCAGAGAAGGCGCUGCAGUACUCAGUCAUUCUGGCCGAACUCAACCGGAAGAUGCUCACACAGAACUUCAAACCACCUUAGCAACAGCUGGACAUCUUCGUCUCUAUGUUGCAUUUUCGUACAUUGUCAUUGUGAGGGAACAUGUAAACCAGCAUGAUAGGAUCAGUAAAUGUGAGGGACUGGUCAUUAACUGGGUGGAAGAGGGAGGGAAGCAGGUCAGAGGGAUUUGAGAUGGGGUCUGUAUCAGCAAACUAGGACAAUCUCUAUGGGAAGGUCAUUAAAUAUGAUUUGCCUUAAGUAGAAAUGAUUAAGGACAUUUAAUGAUAAAGUGUUAAGUGCCUGCACAUUUUGUCUUUUCAGAGAGGGUCAUAGAAACUAUAUGAAAAUGGGUAGGAUCCUCCAGAAUUGAUAAGCAUUGGGGGGAGUGUAAUUAUUUUCAGUACAUUGGUGCACCAAAAGCAUCUGACUCACCCACCUUUGUAAUAAAUGACCAGUCCCAAACCAACCUUUGUGUACAAUUUAUGUUGAAUUUAUUCAAGUUUUACAACGUCAAAUUCAUGUCACCAAUACAAUGUCUGGUUGAAAGUGAGGCAUUUAAUACAGUGUGAUAUAUAUCACUAUGUCUUUGUAUUUAAAUGGAUCUGAGUAUUUGUACUAUUUCUGUGCUGAAAACUAUGUGUAAUAAGUGUAACGAGUGUGAAAUAGGAAAGUUUUUUACCACACUGCAUUGGUGUUUAAAAUAUGAAACUUGGUAUAUACCACUAAGAAUGUUCAGUCACAUAUUCCAUCCAAAGCAGUUCCCUUGGGAAUAACUUUGACUAACUCUGCCUUUACUCGUUAUACUCAACAAAACAAUUUAUUGACCACCCCAAUAUUCAAUAUCUAAGUAUUAUAUGGAUCAUAAUAUGAACUGUUCGAUACUAAAAUAUUGAUAAUUGGGGUGGUCCUUGACUAUUUUUGUUAAGUAUAUAAUGAUUUUCCAAGGAAUGGAGAGUUUGGGAUAUAUUCCCCUGAAGCACAUCCCAUUCUUACAUUUUGACAAACAUUCUAAAGAGCAUCAGCUUACAAUGGAGCUUGUUCGACAUUGGAAAGAGAACACAACCGUCUUGAAAAAUAAUGGUGCGCCCAAACAUUAGAAUGACAUGUGUUUUAACAUGUUUUAAUUCCAGGCAGAAAACAAAUAACUGAAGGAAUGUCUGUGGUGUUGUGGCCUUAACUUGUUUCACAAACUGUGUUUUUCAAAAUUAGUGUUUUCUUUGUUUAUGAUGAUAACAUUGUCUUGAGUUCAUUGAUGUCGGUCGAAAGAAAAAUCAUUAAUAUAAUUCAUGGUGGUAUGGAUGAUUGGUCAUUAAAGAUAUAUUGU